AUGAAAAAGAACUAGGAUUUCGAUUCUAUUUAGAUGCCAGAUUUCGAUGAAUUGCCCAUUAUAUCGGGAGAAUCAUCAUAUGAUUUACAAAUUUCUAAAUCAGACCAUAACCAGGCCAAUGUAAAAACUGAAUCUGUAAAGCAGGCAAAAAUAAAAGAAUUCAAAAUCAAGAAAAUUUCAAGAACGAAUAGCUAGAAAUAAUUAUCAUAACAUCUGCAGAUGUCAAAUGAAUAAAAUAAAAUUGAUAAUUGUGAAUUUAGGAGCAUUAACAAGCAAGAGGAUUCACUCAAGAAUUCUAGUAGAUAAUAUGAAAAUCAGUUAACUCAACCAUCAUCCCUAUCUUCAAGCAAGAAAGCAUUUGAGACUAAUCAAAAUAAGAUAGUAAAUAACCCAGGUUCCAUCAUAUUAGGUCAGGAAACAGCUGCUCCUCUUUUGCUUGACAAUGAUGUUUCCCCUAACAAAUUAAGUAAAAUCAAUGCUCGAAAUACGGUCUAUGGAGUUUCGUUUAACGAUCAGUAAAAAUCUUAAGGGAAAAAAUAAGUUGAAAGAAAUUUAAAGGACAAAUAUUAAUUUGUAAAUCAGUUAAUGGAGCCUAAUCACAAUGCUAAAUUAAGCUAAAGAAAACAGUCAGUAAACCUAAAUGAUUUAAAAAUUUAAGUUAUUUAGGAAAAUCUUCUAGAAGAUCAAAGUAACUUUGAAAGUCCUUAUCCCCAAAUUCAAGAAACUAGCUCUUAAAAACGACAAUAUCAGAAGAAAGUUUUCCAUUUCCCACAUCGAAGUGAUUUAGAGUGUAGACAUAUUGGAUUAGCUGAAUAAUAAAACAAUAAUAUUCAAUUGCAGAACUUAUCAAGACAAUAGUCAAGAUCUAAUAAAGGUCAUUAAGCUUUGAUAAAAGCAUAGUAUUUUUCGCCUUAGAAUUCUUGUUUAUCAAGCAACUAAUAGAUGACAGGAAGAUAGUCGAUAUAAUUUAGCGUCAACAAAAACGAUUAAUUCCCUGUAGAAGACUACUAAUAAGAAAUUAAUCUAAAUAUGAAUCUCUUAUUUUAUGACUUCAAUAACUUCUGCGCUCCGAAACUAACCACAACUCACAGAGAUAUGUCUAAUAGACCUGUUUCAAAAAAAGAAUCAGACAAGAAAGUCAUGAAUCAAAACUUUGUAUAGGAUAGAUUGCCCUCUAGACAAAAUUAAACUAGAGGCAGCCUAAGUAGAGGUUAGCGUAAUUCUCAACCACACGCUAAUCUACAUUAUAAUUAAUCAAUUAUAACUGGUGAUUUUGAUAAAGUACUAGGAAGCCCAGUUCUACCCAGCAUUAUAAAAGUUCAAAAUAAAUUUAACUUCCCAAAAUUAUAAACGUAGGUACCAACUACGCCAAAUAGACAAAUUGAUCCGAAAUUAAAGCUCACUUUUAACUAUAAAGACCUUGUAAAUGAAAUUAGUAGCACAGAGAAAACUUAUUAGAGAAAAAAAAUUUAGAGUAAAAGUGAUAACACCUCGCCAUACAGGCAAAGUAAUGGCUAAAAUUAUAAUCCAGUCCCUGUUAAAACUGUAAUGGAAAUGAUUAAUGAAGAAGAUUUCUGA